AUGAGCCAACCAGCUGAGGAGAAUGAUGCUGGCCUUACACAGCCUAGCAGCUCACCCGUCCAUUUUCACAAUCCUCCAUCUGGUCUUUCCGACCUCAAAGCUACAAGUGGAUCGCCGUCGCUGAAGACUACAAGACCUAUUCUCUCAAGCUCAGCUUCCUUAGCUCGACCGUCUUCAUACUCCUCUGCAGGCUCUCUGGAUCGGAGUCAUGAACGCUCCAGGAGCCCAUCUCUGAGCCGGCGUGGUGCCUCUGGUCCCUUCAAUGGCGGAUGCCGCAAUUUGAUCACCAGGUCCUUUGCGCCUACUGUGGCAGUUCAUGCGUCUUCUGACGUGGAAGACUUCAUUCAAGGCAAAGGCAUCGCUGCUGGUCUUUCUGGCUUAUUAAGACCUUUCGGAGAACAUGUACAGGGAAAAGUCAUCAUCAGGGACAGCAUCGGGCUUAGCAAAGCGUGGGAAGACUUUAUAAUCAAAUUCGUCAGUCCUCCGAGCUCGUUGACUGAGGUGGAGGAUUUAGUGUCGUCCGCAUACCAUGAGACCUACGUACAUCGAACUUCUCGGGAAGCAUCACCUGCACCCAACGGACUAUCUGCGCUGCCUUUACCACAAGAAAUGGAGGAGCUGCUCAGGCAGCUUAUGGACACUCCAGACUGGGUGGCUAGCUUCUCGGACGAGCCGAGCGAGGAAUUUGAUGCAAACGUGCGUUCCGGCACAAGCCAGCCGUCGCAGCUUUUUAUGGAGUACAUUCGUGCCUUAAUUUCAAGUAACCAGAUGGUCCCGUAUGAGACAUUUUCCCAUCCAGUCGCUUGUCUGGUAGCUGUAAGCUCCCGCAGUCGAGCUCCUAUAGAGAUCCUACGUCAACUGUAUGCCCAAACAGGUCGCGGUAACCCCAAGAUUCCUCCUUGGGCGGGAGUCGAAUACCUGAGGUACUAUAUCCUGAUCCAUGAUGAAGACAACGACGAUAUUGCGAAGUCAACAGCUCUUUUUGAUCUUAUGAAACGGCACUUCGGGCUUCACUGUCAUCUACUUCGGCUUCGAAGCUCACAAUGCGUACCAAGUGACGACGACAGCUACCGUGUACCUCAGUGUGAAUGGCGUUCAGCAAGCGAAAGGUUGAGAGACGUGCAAAAUGAUGGGGAUACCGAUGGCAUUGGGCAAUGCAUUUUUGAGUCAGACGCUACUGCAAUUAAUUCACUGAUUAGAGAGAUGGUCACGCAAUCCAUUGUACCUUUCAUGGAAAGCCGCGUCAUGACUUGGAAUGACCAGGUUGCCUCGAGGCGCCGUGGUUUAGGCGGCCGCUUUAUGUCAAUGUCUAAACGUUGGGCAGGUUUUGGCUCCUCCAAAGCAAAUAGUAACAAUGGAGGCAAUAACAACAAAAGUAAUUAUAAUGCUCAAUUAGGAUUCUAUCCCCCUGAAUCUCCGGAAAUCAUUAUGCGCCAAAUGGCUGACUACGCUAUCAUGUUACGAGAUUACAAAUUGUCUCACACAACUUUUGACACUCUUCGCUCAGACUUCGCUCACGAUAAAGCCUGGAUCUACCAUGCUGCCGCCAACGAUGGUGCAGCUUUAUCAUCUUUGCUACUGCACCAGCAGCAGUCGAGAAGUCGCUCAGAGACGAUCGAUUCGUUCUUGGAUGCAGCAGUAUACUCUUACCUGACUCGGUCAUCUCUACCAACAGGAGCAAUCCGCUGUCUUACUUUGGCUACUGAGCUUUUAUUCGAUCGCGGUCCAUCUGCAGCGGAUCAUGCGGCGAAGUGGGCUGGUCAACUGCUGGAGCUAUCAAUUCUCAGUCCAAGCGUGCAAGCCUUGACAGCGGAAAGGAUGGCAGAUUACUAUAGUUCGAGGCUCUAUAGUUCUACGACUCAGGCAGACCGAAGAAGACAGGCAGGUCUAUGGAAUGUCACAGCUGCAUUGUCUUGGGCACGGCUGGGUAGAUCAUCUCAAGCGGAAUCGCGAGUUGCGGCAGCCAACAAAUUAUUUCAACUUUCGAAAGUAGACUCGAGUAGUCUUCCAUUCCCAAGCAUGCAACCUCUCUGGGCUAGUCUAUCACACAGCAUUGGCCAUGUUCAACUCAGCGACGAAUCCGGUGGUCCUGACGGUACGGAGGCUCGAGAUCACUUCUCUUCCGUCCAAGAGGAACAAUUGGAUGCCUUUGUCAGUCGCGCUGACCCACUACGGACAGGCUUAAGCCAUUGGAAUCCUGUUGAGCCACAGAAGUCCUAUGUGAAGACUGGCCAUCAGAGACAUGCAUCAACGCUUUCAGUGGUUGAUAGUGACGGCUUCGAAUGA